AUCGCACACACGUCCGGGCGAUCGAGCGCGCUGCCCGCACGACCUAACGCGCCCGUCGUUCCGGCCUGCCUUCCAACCCCAUUCCGUCCUGCCACCAUCGUCUCCUACCUCUCGAUCCCCUACCUUCAUCGUCUUCUUUCUCUAGUUGCCAUGGCAACCAGACUAGAUCUCUAGCGCCUCACCAUCCCCCACCCCCACCCCCGCGACAACGAGCUAACAGGUCGAUCUCCGAUCUCCUCCUGUUUCUCGUCCUUUCUUUGUCUAGAAAAGUGAAAUUGCAGAUUGACCACGAACAUGGCGACUAGAUCCACCCUGUCAUGACAAACACAUCAUGGAUUUGUGUGUAUUCAAAUAUGCCCACCAAAUUACACCAGAUCUGCCAUAUUCUAUCCUAGAGUUGAGCUAAGUUUCUGGGUUGUGUUGGUGCGAGUAGUUGAUGCAUAAGAAUGCGUAUGAAUCACUAAAAUCAGGGGAAAAGAAAAGGAGGGAUUUGGGUGGUGCAUAGAGAGGGAGGAAAAUAAUUGCCACAUGUUUCUGAUGUUAGUUGCCACCUAUUUUUGCCGUCAGCUGCCACAAUAUAGUGUUGUUAGUUACCAUCAUAUUAUGUUCGCUGUUGUCGUCGGUUUGAAAUGAUAGUUGGCAUCCGGAUUUUAGAAAAGAGAAUGAAAGUACAUGUCCUAAUUGCCGUGAUGUGUUGGUUGUCAUUGCAAGAAAUGUGAUAAGAUUGCCGUGUUUUCUUGUAUGUGCAAACAGAAAGAAUGCAUUUUGCGGAUAUUGAUGCGUUCUUGUUCAUGUAGUGACUGAAAACAAACUGGAAAAAAAAGGAAAAAUGAAUCAUGAAGACGACACUGAUCCUUGGUUUUCUCAAAGGCCAGAAACGCCCCUUUGGGAUGCAGCAGAGUACAAUCAACUCAUUUCCGCAGGGCCGUUGCUGCCAGUACUAGAGCAGUACGCAAACGUCGGCUCUUAUGACCCAACCACACCCGCGGGGAUACCAUGGCAAGUGCAAGCACAUGGCGCAAACGCUGACAGAUGUAUGGGCGACCAACUUCAAGUAGCCAAUGUGGCAAAUCAAGGGCCUUCAUGUAGCGCAUGGCAACAGGUGGCAACCAUGUACCUGCCAUCAACAUCGAACACAGGUUGUUAUGGUGGAACCACACCGACAAACAUCUCAUGGCAAGCUUCAUAGUUGCAGUCCCAUGCUAUUGCAGAUAGAGCACAUCAAGUUGGAAUGACAAAUUAGAUGCGGUUAGCACAUGCGGCACAACAAGGUAAAAAAUAUGUGAACUAGCAAAACAAUAGUGCACUUGCUUUUGUGGAAAAGCAUGGGGGAAAAUGAAUUUUGUCACGGUGGUGACGGAAAACAAC